CUGGUUUGCCUCGUGAAGACUAAUUUCCAUAACCAGUGAGGACGUGAGAAAGAGCAGAAAAUAGGAUUUAACACAACCUGCCAGUCUUUAUCGACAUCAGAUCCUUUAGGAAUACAGCCACAACUAAAGCUCAGGUUCCUGAAGAGAAUACUAGACCCUUAAACCCACCUCAUCCAGUUGCUCAGCCUGGAAGACACAGAAAACUCAUGACGACUCCAAACACGAGAAGACCAAAAACGAAAAAGAUCAUCAUUUCAGUCUUGAUCGUGUUGGUUAUACUGGCCAUUCUGGCAGUGGCCGCUUACUUCAUCAAGCAGUUGAUCGACAGCAAGUAUUAUUUUUGCUCAAAGUCGGUUAAGUUCAUUCCGCUGGAGAAGGCCUGUGAUGGGAAGGAGGACUGCAGUGGAGCUGAGGAUGAGUCAGCCUGUGUAAUGCCGUUUGGAGCCAACUCCACCUUCCCCCUACGGCUGAUCUCAACCCGUAAUGUGCUUCAGGUAUUCAGCUCCGUUGAGAAUAAAUGGAAAAGUGUAUGUGAAGAAAGUUUCACCCAACAACAUGCAGAGACUGCGUGCCAAAAGCUGGGGUACUCAUUUAAUCCGUCUUUCAGCACAGUUCAAGUGGGUCUUUUGUCCUCUGAUCUGAAGAUGGAUUUCUGUGUGGUGGGCUCAUCGAAACCCCAGACUUUCCAGUCCACCGUAACGAAUCGUAAGGUAUGCAAUACGGGAGCAGUCGUCACGUUAACAUGCUCAGCAGACUGUGGUAAGUCCAGAAGCCAGGACCGGAUUGUUGGUGGACAGGACGCUAUCAUUGAGAACUGGCCCUGGCAAGUCAGCUUGCAGAACAGCGGCCAGCACACCUGUGGAGGGUCACUGGUGUCUCCAAACUGGGUGGUCACUGCGGCCCACUGCUUCAAUGGGGAUGGUAAGAAGGCACUGGCCAGAUGGAAUGUAGUCUCUGGAAUCACAUAUAUGGGAUCUUCUGGAGCUUAUUCUGUGGACAAGAUCAUCGUCAACAGAGAUUACAGCUCAGGACGGAACGACUAUGACAUUGCCAUGAUAAAACUCCAGUCUCCCAUCACUGUGGGAGAAUCCCGUAGGCCGGUGUGUCUGCCACCUCAAGAUCUUGGCCUUAAAGGAGACGACAAUCUGGUUGUGACCGGCUGGGGCCAUAUGACGGAAAAAGGGAAUUUGUCUCCAAAGUUACAAAAGGCUCAGAUCCCUUUGAUAGACAGAGCCGCGUGCCAAAGUCCCACGGUGUACGGCUCUUCCAUCACUCCUAGGAUGAUCUGCGCAGGUUAUCUGAAGGGAGGAGUAGAUGCGUGCCAGGGUGAUAGCGGUGGUCCUUUGGUGUAUGUAUCUGACCGCUGGAUGUUGGUGGGUGUAGUGAGCUGGGGUGUGGGUUGUGCCAGAGUAGGUCGUCCUGGUGUCUACACCAAUAUGGACCAGAUGCUUGACUGGGUCCAUUCAGUUAUGCAGGAGUUUCCGUGAGUCUGGGAUGGAGAAGACACCAGCAAAACCCAUAGUACGAAUUCACAAAGUCCUCAAUGCACAAAAAGGAGAUAUGGUACUAAAGAUAUAUUGAUUUACACAAAUGUGCGGAGGAAUCGCUGUGGGAGUUGUUGGUCAGCAUACUCAGGGACUUAAAGGUGCCACGAGAAAGAUUUUGCACACUUAUAUAUUGUAUGAAUAAUGAGGAGACAAGUGAAUGUCGUCUUUUGUGGAACUACCACUUUUGGGACGCACCAAUGCAAUCUUAAAGGUUUCU